CCCCCAAGAUGGCAGCCGUGUGCUCCUCACGUUGGCUGAGGGUGGCGGUGGCCGUCGGUGGGGCGCGGCGGUGGCCGCUGGCGCUGCGUCUGGCUCGGGGCCUGAACGUGGGGAUCGGCGCCCUCCUACCCUGCUCGGUCCUGGCACCGCGUCCCGGGAGCCGUUCUGGAUUUAGACCUUAUAUUCUUGGACACAUUGCCUCAUUUCACACCAGCUCUGUAGCCUCUGCCAAAGAGGAUUAUUACCAGAUUUUGGGAGUGCCUCGAACUGCCAGCCAGAAGGAGAUCAAGAAGGCCUAUUACCAGCUUGCCAAGAAGUACCACCCAGAUACCAAUAAAGAAGAUCCAAAGGCGAAGGAGAAGUUCUCCCAGCUAGCUGAAGCCUAUGAGGUCUUGAGCGAUGAGAUUAAGCGGAAGCAAUACGAUACCUACGGGACUGCUGGCUUUGACCCAGGCUCAGCAGGUUCUGGACAACAAUACUGGAGUAGAGGGCCAACUGUGGACCCCGAAGAAUUGUUCAGGAAGAUCUUUGGGGAGUUUUCUGGGUCCUCUUUUGGCGACUUCCACACUGUCUUUGACCAGCCCCAGGAGUACAUAAUGGAGCUGACAUUCACACAGGCUGCCAAGGGUGUGAAUAAAGAGAUUGUGGUGAACAUCAAUGAUGCCUGCCAGCGCUGUGAUGGCCGAGGCCAUGAGCCAGGCACCAAAGUGCAACACUGCCACUAUUGUAAUGGCACCGGCAUGGAGACUAUUAAUACAGGCCCCUUUGUGAUGCGCUCAACAUGUCGGAGGUGUGGUGGUCGGGGCUCCGUCAUGACAACUCCCUGUGUGCUGUGUCGAGGCACUGGCCAAACCAAGCAGAGAAAGACAGUGAUGGUCCCUGUUCCAGCAGGUGUGGAGGAAGGACAGACUGUCCGAAUGCCCGUGGGGAAGAAGGAAAUCUUCAUUACCUUCAAGGUUCAGAAAAGUCCUAUAUUCAGGAGAGAUGGUGCAGAUAUCCAUUCGGAGCUCUUUAUCUCGGUGGCACAAGCGGUCCUCGGAGGAACAGCCAGGGCUCCUGGGUUGUAUGAGACCAUCACUAUCACAAUUCCUCCUGGUAUCCAGUCAGAUCAGAGGAUCCGAAUGAGUGGGAAAGGCAUUCCGAGGGUCAACAGUUAUGGUUACGGAGACCACUACAUUCAUAUAAAGAUUAAAAUUCCCAAGAGACUGACAGAUCGCCAGCGAGCCUUAAUGCUGAGCUAUGCUGAGGAUGAAACAGAGGUGGAAGGGACUGUGAAUGGCAUUACAAAUACCACCACUGGUGGCAGGGGUGCGACUAGAGCGGGGGCAGGCAAGGACGGGCCGGAGGCAGGGGACGGCAAAGAGGGGUUCCUAGCUAAACUUAAGAAAAUGUUUAGCUCCUGACUCACCUUGAGGAAAACGUUCUACUGGAAACUAGGCAGGAAUGGCAGCAAUCUGGGGGCUGGAGGAGACGGGAGCCCAGUCCCUGGCCACAAAUCAUAGCCAGAUGUGAGGAGCCCAGCCGGCUGUGCUACAGGAGGAUCAUGGAGCGGCCAUCUUUACACUGUCAACCAUGGAAGUGAUGAAGGGCUGCCAGAGAACUGGGCUCCUCCUGCUGUUCUGGACAGAUGGGAAUCUGAAUAGGCCUAGUUUUUUUGUGAUGUCUUGAUAUUCCAAGGUUUUGACAAGCCUCCUGGAGAACUGACAGCAGCCCCCUGCUGAGCCGUGGGGGAGAAUGGCCUGUUGGCUUUGCAAAAAGCAGAUCUAGCAGCCAGGCUGAUUUUAGCUCAGGAGUGUCUGGCAGACCCUUCCCCUCCUACGACUUAAGAGGGAAGCAUCACUGCUAACUGGGAGUGGUUCUGGAGAUUUUUCACUUGACUGCAUCGCCAUGGUUAGAACUCUACCUCUGAGUGAGUUGCACCCUUUGCUCUAAAGCUUAGCUGGAGGGAGUGAGGGCCAGGCUUCAGGGGUAGCUUUAAACGAUUCCUUCUUGUGCAGGCAUUGCUGUCUUGUAAAUGAUAAUGGCAUAUAGGCUGCUUCAUCCGUGGCCACUGUACCCAAGAAGGGAAGCUCCGGUAAGUUGCUACCAUAUGCACCCAUAGCAAAAUAGACACUUGUGUACUUGUCAUGUGUGACUAUCACAGAAGUGUAGAAUCUGUGGAGGAGGGGAAGAGCUGGCCUCUCCCUUUGCAAUGUGUUGCACUCCUGGCUCGGGGAGCGGGGGACCAUGGCCAGAGACAGCAGGGCCUGAGCAAGCAGUCUCUGAAUCGUGGCCAGAUCUGCCUGCAAAUGCGAACAUGGUCACUGCAUCCCAUUGUUUCCCAUUGACACCCCUCCCCCACAAUUCUGCCCCUCCUGGCAUUCAAUCCUCCUCCCCCCAACUUGUUAACUGAAUAGCAUGCACAGCCUUCGGACUAAGUUGGUCUAUUGGAUGAUUCAAUGUUAAUGUAAAUAAUAAAUUUGCUCUAUAAAGAUGGUUUAUCUGUGUAA